AAAAAACACAACUCCUCUCUCUCUCUCACAUAAGAAGAAUGAGAGAAGAAUAAUUGUAAUCAUCCACUAUUACGAGUUGAGUUUACUCCACCCUUUUUAGGAAAAAGCCAGUCCCUUAACAUUUUAUGAAAACCAAAGCUCAAAGCUGCAUCCAAUUAUCCAUCCAUCACCUUCCAAUCUUUUCUCUGUAGUAAUAUUGCUCUAUCAAACCAAACAUAAACACCACAGGAGGGGAGAGAUAGAGAGAGUAGUCAAGAGUAACAGUAGUCAUCUCAGUUGCUUGCUUGUACUCUCCCAUCAAUCUCAUCACUUCCCUCUUCACAUCAAAAAUCUUCUUUUGCUUCACCAAUUCCAGCUCCCUCCCCUUCUCCAUCUCUCUCUUCCUCCCUCCCUCCCCCUCUCCAUCUCUUUUCAGAAAUUGGGAAUUCUGUAAUAUCAAUCAAUUACCAAACCUUUUGUCUUCUUUUAUUUCCCCUUCUUCAUCAGUGUGUGGUUUCUCACUAAGGUUUCCUAGUUAGAAAACAAUAUAAAACUUUAACUCUCUCUCUCUCCCUCUCCCUCUAGAAGAAACCCUAGAAAUCAAGACUACUUAAAACAAAAGCAGAAGAAACCCUAAUUCCAUGGAUUCAAUCCAAGAUAUGGAUGGAAGUUCUGGCUCUCACCAUCAUGAGAUCACCAUAGCAUCAAGCCAUAACCUAAUUAUCAACACAUCCACACUGAUGAACAGCACUGCUGCUAGUACUCCUACUACUUCUCUCGCAGCGGCUUCUGGAAGCUCAUCUUCUCCUUCCUCAUCAUCUCCUGGUUCCAGCAGCCGCUAUGAGAACCAAAAGCGGCGUGACUGGAACACCUUCGGACAAUACCUCAAGAACCAUCGCCCUCCGCUCUCUCUCUCUCGGUGCAGCGGGGCCCACGUUCUCGAAUUCCUCCGGUACCUUGACCAGUUCGGCAAGACCAAAGUCCACACCCCAAUCUGCCCCUUUUACGGCCAUCCAAAUCCGCCAGCUCCCUGCCCCUGCCCGCUUCGCCAGGCAUGGGGCAGCCUGGACGCCCUCAUCGGCCGCCUCCGUGCCGCCUUCGAAGAAAACGGAGGCAAGCCUGAAGCCAACCCCUUCGGUGCUCGAGCCGUGAGGCUCUACCUUCGUGAGGUUCGUGAUUUGCAGUCCAAAGCAAGAGGCAUCAGCUAUGAGAAGAAGAAGCGGAAGAGACCGCCGCUGCCUCAACAGUUGCCUCCACCGCCUCUGCCGCCGCCAGGCCAUCAUCUCCAUCAUCCCAGUCAACAAUAAGCCAAAGCUAGCUGUUAACAUCAUCAUCAACGGAAGUUAUGAGGGCCGCCAGUUUAAUUCGUUUCUUGCAAAGAUCUUUCUCUCUUUUUUGGGUUAAGAUACAUAGCUUAUUGAAAGGACUUCACACGAGGAUCAUAUAAAAAUGUCAGAUAUGUACAUAUAUACUUUCUUUAAUGCUUGUGUAUUGUAGAUUGGUGCAUAUGGUCAGACAAGUCUCUCUUUAUCUCUGACUUCCCUUACUUCCCCUUCUCUAUGCUCCCACCUUUUCCUACUUUAUUGUUUAGGAAUAUUGAAUUUAUAUAUGUGCGCCUUCUUCUUGUGGAAAAAUUUAAGAGAGAAUAAAACUGUUUCGACAUCACUAGCUCACAGCAUAUGUUAAUUUACAAUUAUAUAUAGUUUGAGUUUCUAUUAAGCAUAGUGGUGUUUUUAAAAAAAAAUUGCAAUUAAACAAGGUACGUAAUCAUUCCUCCGAGUGAAAUUUUCUCCAGAACUUCUGCCAAUAAAUGUGAGAGCUAUUUACUUUGGUGUCAUGUGUAUCAUAUAGGGCACUGCCUUCACUAUUGGUUUCAAGCACUUUUUUUUUUUUAACAAAUUAUAUUAUCUACAAUAUCAAAGUGGGAGAGUAGACUAAAUUUUAUAAUGGAUUAGUAAUAAUGUGGUUUAAAUUUGUUUUUAAAUAAAAUUAAACUUAAAAUCUUUCACUUAUUAAUAAUAAAAAAGUACUAUUAAAUUGUAGUACUAAUUAAAUAGUGAUCCCCUUUAGUGAGGAAUAUAAAAUAAUAUAUAUUAUUGCUUGUAAAAUUUCAUAUGCUGACUUUCCUUAUUUGUCAAAUCAGUCUCAGAUAGUCAGAUGUUGCUGAACUAAACAGGAAAUAUAGUGGAAUACUGCAAAAGAGUCUGCAGCAAAAAAAGAUGUGAAUAUUGUGGAAUCUAGUGAGAUUUAUAAUUUGGUGAAACAUGGUUAAUUAACUAAAAAAGCAUUUAGUUUAUUUUUGUGGCAAAUCUUCGCAUCCAAUACUUUUUCAUAUUUUGAUGCUAUAGUUUGUUAGGGAAACAUGUCUGCCAUAGUAUUUUAUAGUUAAAAGUGCAAAUUAGCUAAUAAGAAAUUGAGGAAAAUCUUGUUUAAUUUUUCAAUCAGGCCGACACCUAGUCAGUGAUUGGAUGAUGUUGUGUCAAUAUUCCUAUAGGAUUCUGUUAUUAAUAAGUAUUUAGAUUAAUUAAGAAUUUAUUUUCUAUCAAACGGUAGAAACAUUUAUCAGGUGUGAAUGAAAAGUUGAAAACUAUGUAAAAGAUGAUUCCGAGUUGUGUGUAGAAGAGAAAGAAAUACCCUACAUUAGUCAACUUAACUAAACAAAUGUCUGCAUUUUGUGAUAAUUAAGAUGUUGUUGAUCAUUAUUUAGGAGAAGAAAUAAGCUCUAGAAUUAGUUAACAAAUGAUACGUAAUAUAGGUGCUAGAAAAAACCGUCUCUUUUCCUUUCAGUGAAGUAGUGGGGCAUGUAAAGCCACUUUACCUCUCAGCGGAUCGAUUCAUUCUGCUAAUGAUUUCGGUUAUCUAUGGUGUGUUUUAGAUUCCAUGAAGAGACUCCAUCAUUAGUAAAAUAAGGGAAAACUGAUUAAAACUUAAAAGCAUGAACUUUAUGGCGUCAUCAUAUAUAUAGAUAUUAUUAAUUUUGACAAGAUCAACUACUUUAUGGAUGCACCUGGAAAUUAUUUUCUAAUUUACAAUCAUUCAUUACAUCGGUUUUAUACAUGUUGCUGAUCUUAUAAGCUUAAAAUAUAAAGGCUUUUCAGCUAAUAUAUUUUCUGAUAUUGGUAUAACUCUUUACUUUUAUCAUUGAGAUUGAAAAUCGAUGGAAGUGGUCCAUGAGUUUGUCUAUCAUCAAUCAUUUUAGUCAUUUCUUGAAAAAUCUCCUUUAAAUUGAGGGUAUUUUUGUUCAAUCGACCCUUGCACUUGUUUUUCCAUUUAACGGAGAUUUUUUUUACAGAAGAACCAAAAUGAUUGACGGUUGACAAACUCAUGGAUCAUUUCUAUCGAUUUUUAAUGUUGAGGACUAAAGUGAGAGUUAUGCCAAUCUCAGGGAUGAUCAUUUUGGCUAAAAAACCAAAUAUAUGUAUAUAUGUGUGUAUAUUGUUAACUCAUUGCUAAACGUCUUAAGUUUUUAGAGUCCAAUAGUUAUCUGACAUAGAAUCAAAGCUCUUAGUCUAAUUCUGUCUUGACCUGUUACUUGACAAGUUAACUUUUUGAUUAAAAUUGAAUCUGAAUUCUCAGCUUGUUGUCAUUUGAUCACCUUGGUUUUGGUUGCAAAAAUCCAGCCUCUAUUACAAAUCCCUUUUUAUAUUGCGAUUCAUUUUCCUCGAUUGCUCACACACUCUUGAAUUUCUUACACACAGAAUUAAAAGUCGAGCGCAAAAAAAUGGAAAGUUCUUAUAGAAGUUUAUGUGAAUAUAUAGGAUGUAUUUUAGUGUAGUGUGUUCUUACUACCUACUGAAAGAUCAAAGCAGAAUUCAAAAAAGUAUGUAGUUUGCUAAGAAUUUUAGUAUUUUAUUUAACAUGCAUUCCUAUAUUGUUUUCAUUUUCCUUCUGAAUUUCUAGUUUAUGUGAAAUAAUUAAGCAUAGAAUUCUUCUUCAGCGUCAAAUGAGUUAUUAUUUUCGUUACAGAAGUCAUAGUAGCUAAUUUGAUAUGAAAGUAUUCUUGAUGAACAUAUAAAUAUUGAGGAAGGUCAUCCGUAUUUUGCCAAACAAUUCAGUGAAAAGAGAAGAGCUCCUUCUUUAUUCAUAUAGAUAUGAUCUCUUAAUUUUAUAUAUGCAUCUUCAUGUUUUUCAUUUCUGUUCAUUUCAUACUUCAUCAUAUUUGAACUUGCUUGUUAAUCUAUAUAGGGCUCGUUUGUUAUCUAGGACUGGAUUGGAUGGUAUGAUGCUAUUCAAGUUAUGUUGAAAGAAGAUGAAAAAAAAUGUCCAACUUGUAGGUAAAGAUGGAUUUCUCAUUUGAGAAAUUUAUCCAUUUCGAUCAUUUCAAAAUGGUAGCUAGGAGUAAGAUAAAAAAAUUUCAUGUCUAAUCCUCACAAAAUGAAAAAUCAGCCUACUGUAAAUUUUAUGAGAUAUUAAUUCCAGUCAAAUCUUAAUUAUCGAAAGAGAUUAUAGUUUGUGCUCGAUGUAUUUGUUCAUUUAAGUUGGAGAAUUGAUGGUUUUCUAAACUUAAACAUCCUUGCAUGUUGCCAAUAAACGCAAAGGUUACAUGCAUAAAUAAUUAUCUAUUUUUUUUAAUAAAAAUUAUCUUUUACACUAAUUUAUACUAAAGAGGAGAUAGAAAAAUUUAAGCUCGGUACACAGUCAGUUGAAGAAAAAGACUCUAAUCAUCAGUGAAAUCCACCAUUGGCAAAUAAUUAACUAUUUUUGUUUAACUAAAAAGGGUCUGUCUCCGUCAUUUUUAGUCCCAUCAAAUCAUAAACUAAGUGCAUAUGUUUAUUUGUCUUUCAAUUUCAAUAAUUCAUAUAUAUAUAUUAUUUAGCUUUUAGAAAUAUCUGGUGUUGGGGGGGGGGGGAAACUUUUCUAUUAGUAUUGCUAGGAGUCCUUUCCUUUUUCAGUAAUACGUACUUAUCCGGUUAUCCUUUUUGCCUUCUUUCGGCCGCAUUAGGACUCAAGGCGUUUAGAUCUCAUAACAGUAAGCAGAAACAAGAGACAUGAAAGAAGAUGGAGCAUUUCUGUAUUGAUGUUAACCAAAAUACAACAGAUGGCACAGAGGCUAUUUAUAGACCACUAAUAAACUGCUAAACCAACUCUAACAAUUCCAACAACUCAACGCAUCAGAAGAUGCCUGCUUCUAAAUCAAAACACAUCAGGUGGUGAAACGCCACUUAAAUAAGAUCGACCUCGUAUUAAUCGGGAUAAUAGUUGGAUUUGUCUGAUCAGCUUGCCAUGUAUGAAUACUACUGAACUCAUACGAAUCCUCCUCUUCUAAUC